AUGCCCCGAUUUACCAGCUCUGUCGACGGCGCCCAGCUGUUCUAUCGAGACUACAAGCCUCUAGACACAGAUGAGUCUAAGGAUCAAUGCAAAACCAGCGCCCAGCCAGCUCUUGUUUUCAUUCACGGAUGGCCAUACUCAUCCCUGAUGUAUGAAAAUAUUGCAGUUCCUUUAUGUCAGUGCCACAACUUCCGAUGCAUUGCGCCUGAUCGACGCGGAUUCGGAAAAAGCGACUGGGAUAGCCCUCAGAGCAAUGGCAAAAUCUCCUAUACCGUCUUCGCCCAAGACACGGCUCAUUUACUUGAAAACGUCCUCAACGUCGGACCCUUUGUGGUGAUUGCAUCCAGUAUGGGCCCCGGAGAAAGCAUAUUAGCCUUUGAAGAGAGUGAAUAUUUCCGACAGAAUUGCAAGGGCUUUAUAUGGAUUUCUCCGUCUCUCCCUGGCACGCUUCCCGGUCUGGACAACCAUUCCACGGGACCCCAGGCAGUCUGGGACUCAAUCCUAGAAAGUCUCGCAACACAUCGAGCUGAAUAUGUCUCUUCCGCCUUGCCGGGUACUCUGGGCGGGAAAACAGCUCUUCCCCUAUCUCCUGGGAUAUUAGGGCAAUAUGAGCGGAUUGUCGAGGAUGCUGAUGCUCUAGCCAUUCAACUCUGUGCUCAUAUUAUAAGAUCUGUUGACUUCACAGGAAAGCUGCGGCGACUGGGAGAGAACACUGCAGUUCCUGUUCUCUGUAUUCAUGGGGAUUCCGACAAUGGUACGCCAUAUGAGAGUAGUACGAGGGUGGUGCAGGAUAUCGUGCCUAGAGUUAAAGUGAGGUUAUAUGAACAGGGUGCCCAUGGACUUCAAAUCACUCAUAGAGAGCGGUUAAUUGAAGAUAUUUUGGGUUUUAUUCGAAAUGAAGUUAUCUCUCCAUUGUGA